AUGAUGACUUUGCCUCACAAUCAGUUGCCUCUACGCAGAAAGAAGUCCACUGACAAGCGCGAUGCCGAACAGACUCACGACAUCAACUCUCCUAAUGACAUGGUCAUGGACACGGACGAUUAUAUUGGCGUGGCCGACGAGCCUGAGAAGGUUGCUAUCAUCAACCCCGAUAACCUCGAACAAAGCGAAGUCGACCAGUUGCAAGACCUGCCCUUGGCCAACGACCACGAAGCUAUGAAAGAGAUUUGCCUCCCUCCUCUUAUCGACGAACCAAAGAUCCUUGGAGACUACGAUUACACAUGGACUGUUGAGAACUGGCGCAGUUUGAACAAGAAGGAACACGGUCCCAUCUUCCAAGCAGGUGGAUUUCCUUGGCGCAUUUUGCUCUUCCCACAUGGUAACAAUAUCGACCAAUGCUCCAUUUAUCUUGAACACGGCUUCGAAGCUGAUGAGGUUCCCGACAACUGGAGCUGCUGUGUUCAGUUUGCGCUCGUCCUCUGGAACCCGAACGAUCCCAGCCUAUAUAUCCACCACACUGCUCAUCAUCGAUUUACCAAAGAAGAAGGCGAUUGGGGUUUCACUCGUUUCGUUGAGCAUCGUCGCAUGUUCAACGUGCCUUGGGAAGGAGGCAGCCGACCCCUAUGCGAGAACGACACUGCCAACAUUACUGCUUACGUGCGCCUUGUUGAAGAUGAGACAGGCGUACUGUGGCACAACUUUGCCAACUAUGAUUCCAAAAAGGAGACAGGAUACGUUGGGUUGAAGAACCAGGGCGCAACAUGCUAUUUGAACUCACUCAUGCAAUCGCUUUAUUUCACAAACAAGUUCCGAAAGGCUAUCUACGAAAUCCCCACUGAGUCCGACCCAAGCAUGCACAACAGUGCUUAUACUUUGCAACGCCUUUUCUAUCAACUCCAGACCUCGGAUCAGGCAGUCGGAACCACUGAACUUACAAAAUCUUUCGGAUGGGAUACACGUCACAUUUUCGAACAGCAGGAUGUCCAGGAGUUUUCACGCAAGCUCAUGGAGAGAAUGGAGGAUAAGAUGAAGGGAACUCCCGCUCAGAGCGUCCUACCAGAAAUGUUCAGUGGCAAGAUUAAGACAUACAUCUCGUGUAUCAAUGUCGACUACGAAUCUAGCCGAAUCGAGGAUUUCUGGGACAUCCAGCUGAACGUCAGUGGAAACAAGACCCUCCUCGAAAGUUUUGAGGAUUAUGUCCAGGUCGAGAAGAUGGACGGAGAGAACCAGUACUUUGCGGGUGACCAGUACAAGCUUCAAGACGCCAACAAGGGUGUUAUUUUCAACAGUUUUCCCGAUGUGCUACACCUUCAACUAAAGCGCUUCGAGUACGACAUCCAGCGUGACACCAUGAUGAAAAUCAACGACCGAUACGAGUUCCCCGAAACUUUCGAUGCCGCCCCAUACCUGUCUGAGGACGCCGAUAAGUCUGUUCCUUGGACAUAUCAGCUUCACAGUGUUUUGGUUCACAGUGGUGAUCUGAAUGCUGGGCAUUACUAUGCUUUCUUGAAACCCGAAAAGGACGGCUGGUUCUACAAGUACGACGAUGAUAAGGUUACUAAGGCAACAGUACGCGAGGUCAUGGAAGAGAACUUUGGCGGAGAGUACCAAACUGCCAAUGGUUACCCCCGUGCGCCCGUGCAAAAGAAAGCUCCUAUCAUGCGACAGAACAGCGCCUACAUGUUGGUCUACAUCCGUCAGUCAAAGCUAGAUGACAUCCUCUGUCCUGUCACUAAGGACGACAUCCCCUUGCAUCUCAGACAAAAAUUUGAGGAGGAAACAGUCCAGCGGGAGGCACGUAAGAAGGAGCAACGAGAAGCGCAUCUCUAUAUGUGGGCGAAGGUAAUCACUGACUACUCAUUCCAACAAUUUGGUGGAACGGAUUUGUGCCAAUUCGAUGCAAACCCUGAAUCCGAUCCCGCCGCGCCCAAAUUUUACCGAGUUCUUCGCACGAUGACUAUGGAAGACUUCGUCGCGCAAGUUGCGGCCGAUAUGAAUGAAGACCCACGAAGGGUGCGACUUUGGCUUAUGGUCAACCGACAAAACAAGACAAUUCGUCCCGACCAGCCAAUCAUGGAUCUACGACCUACAGUUGACGAGACUUUCACUCGCUCCGCAGCACAUAGGGAUACUAGCUUGCGAGUGUGGGCCGAAGUCGCUGAGGAAGUCAAUGCUGAUGGCGAGCCUAUCUGGCCAUCUUACCAGAGCCAGCCCAAUGGUGUAAUUGUCAAGAACGACACCAUCCUACUCCUUCUGAAGCAUUUCGACAUUGACGCUCAAACUCUGCGCGGUGUUGGCCACGUCUACAUCUCGAAGGAGAAGAAGGUUGAGGAACUGCUUCCUAUGAUCCUUAAGAAAAUGGGUUGGGGUGAGAAGCUGCCCGCCGAGGAGAAGUUACUGCUUUGGGAGGAGAUCAAGCCUACGAUGAUCGAGCCACUGAAGCCCAAGCAAUCUUUGAAGGUAGCGGAGCUUCAAGACGGCGACAUCAUCUGUUUCCAACGAACAAAAGCCGGUGCAGAGAAGCGUGCCGGGGACAAGAUCUCACAAGAAACAAGUAACACUUCUGAUCACUUUGAGGACGCGCGCGAGUACUACGACUUCCUAGAGCACAGGAGGACAGUCAAAUUCCACCCUCACCCUACCCGCUGUGACCAGACUCAGUACCCUCCCUUCGAAUUGGUACUCAACUCGAAGAUUUCCUAUGACGUUUUGGCGGAGCGUGUCGGGGCGUACCUUGAUGUGCAGCCCACACACAUCCGGUUUUGGACUGUAAACGCCUCAACACAGAACCCCAAGACACCCGUGAGAAGGGGAGCCAACCCAACACUCCGACAGAUUCUUAGCCCCAUGGGCUCAACUGCUCUCAACUCUACCCAAAGAAAUGACGCUUUCUACUUUGAGGUGCUCGAGAUGAGUCUUACAGAGCUCGACACCAAGAAGAGUAUCAAGGUUACAUUGUUGAGUGAAGGAAUUACCAAGGAAGACACGUAUGACUUGCUCGUCCCCAAGACCGGAACUAUCGACGAUUUGGUUGAAGCCUUGAUAAAGAAGGCACAGAUUUCGGGCGAAGCAGAAGGGGGAAGAAUUCGAAUCUAUGAGACAAGCUCAAACCGCUUCUAUCGCGAGCCUCUUCGCGAACACCCCGUCAUCAAUCUGAACGAAUACGCGACAAUCUACGCAGAGCGGGUUCCUGAAGAGGAAGUUAAAGCCGACGAAAGCCAGUUUGUCCACGUUUUCCACUACCAGAACGACGUUAGCCGUGUCCACGGUGUACCUUUCAAGUUCUUGGUUAUUGAGGGUGAGAACUUUGCGGAUACCAAGAAGCGAUUGGAAAAGCGAACUGGUAUUAAAGGCAAGAGCUUCGAAAAAAUUAAAAUUGCUGUUGUGCGACGAUCUAAUUACUCGAAGCCGCAAUAUCUUAAUGAUGACGAUGUCCUGUCAACUUUGGUACAAGGGGAAGAUGACUACCUCGGCCUUGAUCAUGUAGAUAGAACAAGGACACUGAGGAAUGGCGUUGGGGACCUAUUCCUUCGAUAA